CUAUAUCUCAAUUACGAGAGGAUGUUGUGAAGAAACAGGUAAACAAUCAAAUUGAUAACCACUCAAAUCCUAUCCAUGAAUUAUUGCACAACCAUAAUACCAAUGAAAUUAUUAAUGAAGCGAAUGAAACCAACAUAAGUGAAGUUAGCAAUUCAAAUGGAAAGAAUGAAACGAGUACGAAUAAAAUUGAUGAUGCGGAUGCCUCUAACACUCCCAACCUAAAUGACCCCAAUGGCAAAUAUCGUCAAAAUGAUCCGACUCCGAAACAUCUGGUGCCAUGCCCCUUCCUGUGCAAGAAAG